CAUCAUCCCAAUCCAGAUGAUGCGCCGCAAAAACUCAUCUUCAAGCUUUGGAGAGUUGAAUAUUGAUCAACUGAUUUCCACAUUAGUAUCUGUAAAACCAUGGCACAAAACAUUAGAUGUUACGGAAAAUGAGAUAAGGAUGGUUUGUGUACUUGCCAGACAAAUUUUCAUGCAUCAACCGAUGCUUCUCGAGCUGGAACCUCCUCUCAAGAUCGGAGGAGAUAUUCACGGUCAAUUUGCUGAUCUUCUUCGACUUUUCAAUCUCGCCGGAUAUCCACCAGAGUCCAACUAUCUCUUCCUUGGUGAUUAUGUAGAUCGUGGGCCAAAAAGCAUUGAGACGAUCGUCCUGUUGUUGUGCUAUAAAAUCAAGUACCCGAAUAACUUUUUCUUACUUCGCGGCAACCACGAGGUGGCCAACCUCAAUAGGAUUUAUGGAUUUUAUGACGAAUGCAAACGACGAUACAGUGUGAAAUUGUGGAAAUGUUUCCAAGAUGUCUUUAAUUGUAUGCCAGUUGCCGCUCUAAUUGACAAUAAAAUCUUCUGCUGUCAUGGUGGUCUUUCACCAAAUCUUCGGUCUCUCGACCAACUCAAACGACUUUCCCGUCCAUGUGAUGUUCAGGAAACAGGUCUUCUGUGUGAUGUACUUUGGUCUGAUCCAGAUGCGACAGUUGUUGGAUGGGCACCAAAUGAAAGAGGUGUUAGUUAUGUAUUCGGUGUAGAUGUCCUUGCUCAAUUCCUUCAAAAAAUGGAUUUGGAUAUUGUUGUUCGUGGUCAUCAAGUAGUCGAAGAUGGGUACGAAUUUUUCGGCCGACGUGGAUUGGUUACGGUAUUCUCUGCACCCAACUACUGUGGAGAAUUUGAUAAUGCUGGAGCUGUAAUGAAUGUCGAUGAAAAUUUGUUAUGUUCUUUCCAGAUUCUCAAACCCCAAUCGCAACUUGUAAUGGAUGCAGCUUUGGCUGAGAAGCAGAACAAUUUUGUAGCGAAUCUCGCAGGAAUGGCAAAUAUUAAAAUAGAACAAAAACCCCAGCCAAUGAUUCAAAAACGGUUUCGCCGUGGAAUGUUGUAAAUAGUAUAGAAAACUUCUGUCUAGUUCAUCCUCUUCUCAUUUUUUAGCUUUAUCUGAAUUAAUUCAGUUUUCCUCCUUCCCCUCCCUUCAAACCAUCACUUUUCUGUCCCGGGUCCUUUCUUUUCUCCCGAUUUUUCCAUCAUUUUUGCCCUGUAGUUGAUAAUUUGUUCCGGUUCUUAAAUAAUUCUGAAAUUGAUAUCUGUGAAAUUCGUGUGAAAAAUAAUUGUUUUAUCAUUGAUAACACUUGUAAUCAUUAUCUGUAUUUGUAUUCAAAUCAUCGAAAAACGAUAUCAAAGUGAUGCAUAUUCAUGUUUUUUGUCUAGAAAUCCUUUCUUUUUCUGAAUUUAUCAAGAUUAUAAUGUAAUUUUUAGUUUUAAUAUUUGAAGCUGUUGAAGCGGGUCUUCAAUAAAACAUUGUAUAUUGGAAA